AGCUGGCUGGCCCGUCUCGCGCCUAAUCCGAUAUUCCCUUAAAUGUUGGGUUUCCUGGCGUAUGUCUUGGGUGGCUUGGCUUGGCUUGGCUGAUGUGCUGGAUAAGCGUGGGUCGAUCUUUCUGGCGUAUAUAUUGUGCGUCUUCUCUGUAUAUGGAUGAGCUGCUGGCGUUUGGGGCCACCUACUUGAUUGCUUUACUUGCGAAGGCGAAAAGAGGCGAUGGAUCUUCCCGUCAAUCGAAAAGGUUGUCGGGAACGUCUCAUGAUGUUUUUUUGCGCGCGGAACUGAACGGGUCUAAUGAUUACUUGCCCGGAGCUUUCCUUUUUCUUUUCUUAGCGUCUGUCUCUAUGGACUGUGGAGAUAUGGGAUGAUGGAAUGGUGCAUGUGGACAGGACAAGAUAUGCCUGAUGGUGCCUCUCAUGGCUUCUCUCUCAUGCGUCUUUAGAGAAAUGAUAUAUCUCCUGCCUUGA